AUGAAGUCUUUGUGGGAACUUGCUUAUUUGCUGGAACCUGUUCCAGUCACCGUCAUUUUGACAACCAUAGCAGUGACAUUUGCAUCUGCUAGUCGAGCUCUGAAUUGUGGAACAGAAAUGGAGCGGAACCGGGACUUGUCUGAAGCAUCCAUUGCAUUAGAGGUCUCAGGUGCUGAUGAUCCCAAUAAUGAGCUCUUGCAGCCUGCUUUUGAUGCUUUAGUUCUCUUCUGUCUCAGAAUAAGUCGACUGCUUCCAAGGAAACAAGUUCUCCAAAACUCACUGGGAUUUUUCUGCUCAUUUGUUUUUGGAAUUGAACCUCCGAAAGAGUUGUGCCAGAGACGAAGAUAUAUCAGAUUCUUGAGGUUGCCAAGUGAAUUGGGAAGGUUUCCAGUCAAUUUACUGAAUCACAAAUCCAGUGUCUCCAACCUGUUGUUUGAACAUUCAGACAAGCCAUCGAUGAACUCCGUUAUGUCACCAUCAACUCUGUUGUUAAAUUGA